AGCCAGUCGCGUGCGCAACACGCGCUUUUCAAACUCCGAACCCGAUGCGAUCGCGGCCGCGACGUUUCGUCUCCUAAUCUUUUUGUUCUACCAAUUUGCUUAAAUGGAAGUAUUGAGGACACACCUCAUUUCCUUUUGUUGCGAUUCUCUUUAACAUGCUGUGAAUAUUCUUUGUUGGUUUACAAUUGCAGUGUUAGUUCUACUUUCCUAAAAUUUGAAUAUAACGAACUCCUUGUGAAUAUAAAUAUAUCGCUACAUUGCAUCUAUAAGAUACUAAUCUAAAAACGUGAAAAGAGUCAACUUCAGAAAACGUGGCUGUGAUGAACAAUGUAUAAACAGGAAAUACUUCUUCUGAUGUGCGCUUACAGCGCGUUAGCAGCGUUGGACAGCUACAGUGCCCAGCAGGACCCAGACCAAUUCCACAUACAGACCGACGAGGAUGACGAAAGAUACUUCCUCUACCAAACACACAACGGACAGUAUCGCAAAGAAAGACGUCUGAAAGAUGGAUCAGUUGUUGGAACCACGGGUUGGGUGGGCGCCGAUGGAUUUUUAAGGCUUCAAGACUACAUAGCUGAUGACCAAGGAUACAGAAUCUAUAAGUCCAAAACGGUCUACGUGGGAGAAAAUCGACCUAUAGGGGAAUCUCUAAGAAUUGCAAAAACGGCACCAACAGAUUCUGGAUACAAUAUCACACCAGCACCAGCACAACAUCCACCAAGAGGAACACCACGGUUCACUACUACAACCCACGCUCCAUUGCCAUCUUCAAGUACGAAUCCACUGAAUCCCUACCCAUCGGUCGUGGCCAUAACGCCCCCACCACCAUAUUCUAGCUCAUCGUCUACACCGAGAGUUGAAGUGUCACCCAACUCGAUUGAUUCAUCUCCUACAUAUGACCCUAGACCAACAGUUCCACCCAUUACAGCAGAUGAAGCUACUCCUCGACCAAAUCCUUAUGAUUACGACUCAUCAAAUACUAAUAGCAUAGACGGCUACUAUGCCAGUGAUAGCACGCCUCAAGGACGUUUUGACUUAUUCAACCCGAACUCUUAUAGACAUGCCAAUGACUGGACAAGAAGACAACCUGGCAUACGCGUUGGUGACGGCUAUACGCCCCAGUUCCCAGGUUACGAUGGCGUUGCAUUUAGACGAAACGGAUUCCGAUACUACCUUCCUAAACAAUACCACGAGGAAGAAACGCGAGAUGCUGACGAACGAACUGGCAGUUUUGGAUAUAUAGAUCCAUUCGGAAUUCGGAGAGUAAUUUAUUAUAAUACGGCGCCGGGCCAAGGUUUUCAAAUUCGGAAAAACAACCGAUACGUCGGUCACGACGCCACUCCUUAUGAUCCGAGGCCUGUAAAUUAAGCUAAGUCAUUAUUUUCGUAUGUGUAUUGAAGUUACCACCUGUAAAUCAGUAUUUCUAGUUAAAAUAAUAAUUCUUUCAAAUUGAUUGGUAGAGACAAAACGAUUGAUCCUCGAACGAAAAUUCUUAGCCAUAUGUAUCUACAUAGAUAGGUAUAAUGCAAUAUUAUAUUUUAUUGAUCUAAAUGAUCUAACUUAUAAAUUAACUUAAAAAUAUAAAUAAUAAUUUAUUAACAGAUUUUAUGUUCUUUACUUCGAUAUUUACUAAAUAAAUUGUAAUUAUGCUUGGUUAAAAUAAGUGAAGUCAUGAAAUAAACCUGUGCAUGUGUAUAGGUAGGUACUUAAAUAAUAGUCUCAUAAUAUUCAAAAUUGAUCCAGUGAUACUUUCGAAGAAAUUGAGAUUGAGACUAAUAGUAAUUAUCGCUUUUAAUAAAUUAAAUUUUGAGUAAGUAAAUAGGCAUAAAUACAUGAAAGUUUAGUCAAACUUGUAAAAUACUUAGUAGGACCAAUGUAUCUAAAUAUUUAUAUUACCCAGAUGUACCUAGACCCUAGAUACCGUCAGCACAAUCGUUUUAUUUUUUUAGACAAAGGGGAGCAUUGAACUUGACUUGAUUUGUCACAAAGCCAUUUUCUUGCUAAUGAGUCUGCGUAGGCGUCUCAUGUUCAUGUUUAUGUGCCCUUUUUAGGAAUGUUAUACAAAUAUAGGAUAAAAUAUGUAUCACAUAAUAUACCUAGAGUUUUUUUCGAAGUAUAUCCAUUAUCUAUUUAAAAAAUGUUAAGUAAAUGCUUUUUAUCAUAAUAUAACAAUAGUUUAUUUCUGCACCAGAUAGGUAGUACCUACCUACUGUUUUUAAAACCAUAUUUUAUAAUAUUUUCUACCUUUAAUGUACACUAUAGGUACGUUAACAGGGCUCUCUCCGUCACUCGCUUCAUACAAUCGUAGUUCCAAUUUCAUUUGAAU